AUGGAUGCCAACGGCGAGAUCUCAGAGUCUGCUCCUCUUGAGGAUAAGACCACCGCCGACAGUCAUUCACAAGAAGCCACAGACAAAGCCGUCGAUGAAGUGACCGACAUGUUUGCCGGCCUCAACAAGAAGAAAAAGAAGUCCUCUAAACCCAAGGCCGAUGAUGCCGCCGACGAGGCACCGGUGGCAGCAGAUGGAGAGUUCGAUGCAUCUGCGCUCAAGAAGAAAAAGAAGAAGUCUACCAAGCCGAAAACCGACGACUCUUUCGAAGCGAAGCUUGCCUCUGCCGGUCUUGAAGACGAAGAGGGUGCUCCCACUAAAGACUCCUCAACGGAAGGUGCCACACAAGAAGGCGAUCUUAACGCUGGUACUGGAAUCUGGGCGCAUGAUGCCAGCACACCCAUCUCUUACAAUCUACUACUCCACCGUUUCUUCAAGCUUGUCAACGAGUACAACCCGGAUAUUCUGGCCAGCGGAAGCAAGUCAUACAAAAUUCCUCCCCCGCAAUGUCUGCGCGAAGGCAACAAGAAAACUAUCUUUGCAAACAUCGCCGAGAUCAGUAAGCGUAUGAAACGCAACGAUGAGCACGUCACCCAGUACUUGUUCGCUGAAUUGGGUACUUCUGGCUCAGUUGAUGGAUCUAAGCGUUUGGUCAUCAAGGGUCGAUUCCAACAGAAGCAGAUCGAGAACGUUCUCCGAAGAUAUAUUGUGGAAUAUGUCACCUGCAAGACCUGCCGCUCGCCAGACACCGAGCUGAGCAAGGGCGAGAAUCGCCUCUACUUCGUCACGUGCAACUCCUGCGGGUCCAGACGGUCUGUCACGGCCAUCAAAUCGGGUUUCACGGCCCAGGUCGGCAAGAGAAAGAGGAUGGCUGGUUAA